AUGGAAGCCUUUCAUCUUUUCAUCAUUUUGAUCUCUUUUGGGGUCUCCCUCCUACCAUUGUCAGAAUUCUCUAGUGCUGCUCAUAUCAAUUCCAUAACUCCAACGCAAUCACUCAUUGACGACGGUAACGCGACUACUUUGGUUUCCGGCAACCAAACCAGCGUGUUAGGCUUCUUCUCUCCCGGAAAUUCGAAUAAGAGGUACUUAGGAAUAUGGUACAAGAGGAAGCCUGAAACAACUCUCUGGGUUGCCAACAGAAAUAGCCCACUAAACGAUUCGAAUGGCGAAUUUACCAUCAGAGAAGGGAACCUAGUUCUUCUUAGCAGCACAAGGAGCCUCGUUUGGUCCUCAAAUGUAUCAAGCAAAGUUGCAAAUAGUACGGUUGCUUUGCUUUCGGACUUUGGAAAUCUUAUACUCAAAGAGCAAGAAAGCACGAGUCAAAACGUUUAUUUAUGGCAAAGCUUUGAUUAUCCUACUGACUCACUCUUGUCAGGCAUGAAGCUUGGAUGGGACAACAGUACUCGCUUCGAACGAUACUUAACAUCGUGGAAAAGCACCGACGAUCCAUCAACCGGUAAUGCCACAUUUAGGAUAAGCAUAAUAAGUGGGCUGCCCCAAGCUGUGCUCGUGGUGGGAUCGACCCCAACGUAUCGGACGGGGAUAUGGAAUGGAGUUCGAUUCAGUGGCGUGAAAUCACCAUUUAUCUCCGUUUUCGACAUCUUUUAUGUAUUCGAUGAGAACAACGCAUACAUGAAGUUUGAGAUUACGGGCAACUCCACCCUUUCGCUUGUAAAGGUCAAUCCUUCAGGUUUGGGGGAGCAACUUAUUAUGCAGGAUAAUAGUUCUGACUGGUCUGUUAUGUACACAUUGCCCGCUGAUCAAAAUUGCGAGAGUUAUAACUACUGCGGUGCUAAUGCGGUUUGUACAAGUACCAGUUAUCCCGUAUGCGAAUGCUUGAAGGGCUUUACACCAAGGUCCGAAGAAGAAUGGAAAGGCCUAACUUGGUCCAAGGGAUGCGUAAGGAGGACACCAUUAGAUUGUCAAAAGGGAGAAGGGUUUGUAAAGGUUGCGGCGGUGAAAUUGCCAGACUUGUUGGAUUUUUCGUAUAACAAGAAUACGAGCCUUAAAGAAUGCAAGGAGGCUUGCUCGAAGAACUGUUCUUGUAUCGCUUAUGCUAAUUCGGAUGUCAGGAACGGAGGCAGUGGGUGCUUAAUGUGGUUUGGUAACUUGAUUGAUAUGCGAGAUAUAGCGGCUAAAGGAAGUGAACAAGAUCUUUAUAUACGACUAUCUUCUUCAGAUAUGAAAGCAUUCAGUGACGCAAAUAAGAAGAAAAAACUUAAGAUCAUCUUAUCGGCUUCGUUGACUUCUGGCACAUUAGUAUUUGGCCUUGCAUUCUGGUGCAUAGCUACAAAAAUAAGGAAAAGGAAAAAUUGUCAAAGCAUAGAUGAGGAUAUAGACUUGCCUAUAUUUGAUUUGCCUACAAUCACCGCUGCUACAAACGGUUUCUCGAGCGAAAAUAAGAUAGGAGCUGGAGGGUAUGGUCCUGUUUAUAAGGGAAGACUCUCCACGGGACAAGAAAUCGCUGUUAAGAGACUGUCGAAGAAUUCAGGACAAGGUCUUAAAGAGUUUAAGAAUGAAGUCGAAUUGAUUGCAAAGCUUCAACACAGGAAUCUUGUUGCUCUUCUUGGUUGUUGUGUUGAAGCAGAAGAAAAGAUGUUGAUCUAUGAAUAUAUGCCUCAAAAGAGCUUGGACCAUUUUAUCUUUGAUGGCACAAGAAGCACAAUAUUGCCUUGGAACAAGCACUUCAAUAUUAUCAGAGGCAUUGGAAGGGGUCUUCUUUACCUCCACCAAGAUUCUAAACUUCAAAUUGUUCAUAGAGAUCUCAAAGCAAGCAAUAUUUUACUAGACAAUAAUCUUAAUCCGAAGAUCUCAGAUUUCGGGUUAGCAAGGCCUUUCAGAGACGACGAAAAUGAAGCCAGGACAAAGAGAGUUGUCGGAACAUAUGGAUAUAUGUCGCCAGAAUAUGCAAUUGAUGGGAAGUUCUCCAUAAAAUCCGAUGUGUUUAGCUUCGGUGUUAUUUUGCUGGAGACUGUGAGUGGGAAAAAGAACAGAAACUUCAAUCACCCAGAUCACAACCAUAACCUUCUAGGACAUGCUUGGCUGCUAUGGGAUGAAAACAGACCCUUGGAUCUAAUGGAUGUUUGUUUUAAUGAUUCAUGCGUUGAAUCUCAAGUGUUAAGAUGCAUUCAAGUGGGUUUGUUAUGUGUCCAAAAGUUCCCGAACGACAGACCGACAAUGUCGUCCGUCGUUUUCAUGUUGGAAAACGACGGAGCUCUGUUGCCUGAACCUAAACUGCCUGGUUUCUUUGUGGAAAGGAAUUCAAGUGAUGAAGCCUCUCCAUCGAGAACUGAAGAUCCCAAUUCUGAAAUUUUAAUUACCGUAUCCCUACCGACUGGUAGAUAAUAUAUAGAGAAUAUUGUAGAACGUGCAAAUUACAAUA